CACACUCGGUGUGCAACUCGCAUUGGACCCGGGGCCCACUCAAGACCCUCCCAAUCCAAAGCUAUAAAAACCACCUCACUCUCUCCCCAAUUUUCAGCCUGCAACCCUAAAAGUUGUACUAAAACACACUCUCAACUCACAGCUUUCUCGGACGCAGCAGAACAAAUGAACACGAUCUCCAGGCAACUCUCCGAUUCCGCCGAAAGGCCCGAAUCGAGUUCCGACACAAGCGUCACGACUCGAAGCCAGCUGACUUCGUUCUCAGACGAGGAGGUCAUUUUGGCGUCCAGCACGCCGAAGAAGCGAGCGGGGAGGAGAGUUUUCAACGAGACAAGGCACCCGGUUUACAGAGGAGUGAGGAGGAGGAACAACGACAAGUGGGUGUGCGAAAUGAGAGAACCGAACAAGAAGAAGUCGAGGAUAUGGCUCGGAACUUAUCCAACGGCAGAGAUGGCAGCUCGGGCGCAUGACGUGGCGGCAUUGGCCUUUAGAGGGAGGCUUGCCUGCCUCAAUUUUGCAGACUCGGCAUGGCGCCUGCCUGUUCCGGCUUCCACUGAUUCAGUGGAUAUCAGGCGGGCGGCCGCGGAGGCUGCAGAGACAUUCAGGCCAGCUGAGUUUGGCGGAGUGUCGGAAAGUGGGGAUGAUGAGAAGGAGAGCAAGAAGAUGGAAGGGGAGAAGGAUUGUGGAGGUGCGGAGCAAAGCGAUUGUGGAGGUGCGGAGCAAAGCGACUGUGGAGGUGCGGAGCAAAGUGGCAGCUCGUUUUACUUGGAUGAGGAGGAAAUGUUCGCCAUGCCAAGGUUGCUUGAUAGUAUGGCCGAAGGGCUUCUGCUCUCUCCACCUCGCCGUUCAGCUGGUGGCAACAUGAACUGGGAUGAUAUGGGAAGCAAUGAUGACGUCAAUCUGUGGAGCUUCUCAAAGUAAUAGAUAUUUAUACAGGUGUAUUCAUCAUCCCUAAGGACACUAUCCGUUUAUUUUUUCAUUUAAUUUUUGCCAUUAAAAAAAUAGUAUCCGUUAUUU